UUUCACGACUUUCUCUUUGGAUUUUCUGACGCGUUUAAUGCGUUUCCUUCCCUCUCUUUAAAGCUCUUCAUUUCCCUGACAAUCCAUUUCAAAGACUUUUCUUUUCUCUCUCAUUUUUUGUAUUUUUCAACUUCCUUGGUGUUAAAAUCAGUUUGAUUUUCUCUCCUUUUUUCCAGGUACUUCCCUCGGUUCUUUGUUAUUUUCUUUCAUUUUUGCCUCUUUUUUUCAUACGGAUUGUUUCAGUUUUCUUUCUUGUUCUUAAUCCAACUUAUUGGUUAAACAAACAAAACCCAGAUUACAUUGCAUUUGACUCCUUUCUUCCUAUCGACUGCCUGACCAAGUGACAGAUUUUUUCAUUCAUUAAAAAGAAUGUUAGGUUUAAAGAAAUCUCCAUUGAAGACUGCUAAGCAUAAUUCAGUUGAUCCUGCGCCUGUGGCCGCUUCUCGUUCCAACCCCUUUGAUUCUGAUGACGAGUUUGACAAUAAGCAAACCCUUAAACCUUCAAGAAGGACUUCUUCUGAACCUACUUUGAGUCCACCGAAUUUUGGGGCCAAUCCUCUUGAUGACAAUGAGGGGAAAGUGAACUCUUCUUCUUCAUAUUGGCAAAGUUCAGCAUCACGAAACAAGUAUAAGAAUGAUUUCCGUGAUUCCGGCGGACUUGAGAACCAAUCGGUGCAAGAAUUGGAGAACUAUGCCCUCUACAAGUCUGAGGAGACUACUAAGACCGUCAACAAUUGUGUGAAGAUUGCAGAAGAAAUGAGAGAAGGUGCCACCAAUACUUUGAUUGCCUUACAUCAACAGGGUGAACAGAUUACCCGGACUCAUAAUACGGCUGCUGGCAUUGAUCAUGACCUUAGUCGGGGCGAGAAGCUCUUGGGAAGUCUUGGAGGCAUGUUCUCUAGAACCUGGAAACCGAAGAAGACUCGGCAAAUAGUUGGCCCUGUUAUUACAAGAGAUGAUUUGCCUAAGAGUAGAGGUGGCCACUUGGAGCAAAAGGAGAAACUGGGAUUGAAUACGGUUCCAAGGAGACAUUCAAAAUCACAAACGCCGCCCCCCGAGCCAGCGGAUGCGUAUCAAAAAGUCGAGUUUGAAAAGGCAAAGCAAGAUGACGGCCUCUCCGAUUUAAGCGAUUUACUGGGAGAGUUGAAGGUUAUGGCUGUCGAUAUGGGAUCCGAAAUCGAGAGGCAAAAUAAGAGUCUGAAUGGUCUCCAAGAUGAUGUGGAUGAGCUAAAUUUCCGUGUGAGAGGUGCAAAUCAACGAGCUCGCCGAUUGCUUGGGAAGUAACACUGCAGUUUUGAGAUUCAGGCCGACAUGUCUGUUUCACUCUUCUGUCAUUGUGAUCUCACACACAGCCAUAUUGGGGGAUUUUAUUAGUAUAUUCGCCUCCUUACCUUACCAUGUUUCUCUUACGUUUCAGGCAUAUCAUAUGCUUAACUAUGGACUUUCACAACCGAGUAUGCGUCUUGUCUUUUGUAUUUAUUUUUCUGUUUUUCAAUUAAAUAUAUUACUAAAUAUGUUGAAUAA